AAGAAAAAGGAAAAGCGGCAAAACACUCCAAGUGGAGUAAAAGAAACAGGAAAUAUCAAUUCCCAUUUCCCCAAACACGGCCUUUCCAUUCUCGCCGGGACUCCGACUCUGCUGGGAUUGCUGCUCAGUUCAGUGUUCAACUGUUUCUGGUGAUAAUUAUUGUUGACAAUUUUGUUUUGGGGGCUAGGAUUUAUGCUACAUAUUUGAACUUGAGAGUGGGAAUUUUGAAAUCAAGGCAGGAAACUGCGCUACAAAAUGUAUGUGGUUCCUCCCCCAAAGGGGUCCGACAGGGUAGGCGGAUCCGAAACCGGGUCGGAUGAGGUCCGGAUAUAUCAGGCUUGGAAAGGCAGUAAUAAAUUCUUCCUUCAAGGAAGGCUUAUUUUUGGGCCGGAUGUAAGAUCACUGGCUCUCACUGUAUUCCUGAUCGUAGCUCCCAUCUCUGUUUUUUGUGUAUUUGUCGCUCACAAGCUGAUGAGUGAUUCUUAUGAUAACUGGGGAGGAUAUAUUAUGGCAAUCGCCAUUGUUUUGACAUCAUGUGAUUUAAUGCUCCUGCUGCUAACUUCUGGAAGAGAUCCAGGUAUAAUUCCUAGAAAUGCCCAUCCGCCCGAGCCUGAAGCUUGUGAUGAUAACACUGGAGGCACUCAAACCCCACAACUACGCUUGGCUCGUGUUAAAGAAGUAGAAGUAAAUGGCAUGACGGUGAAAAUUAAGUAUUGUGACACAUGCAUGCUGUAUAGACCUCCCCGUUGCUCCCACUGUUCAAUAUGCAAUAACUGUGUCGAACGAUUUGACCACCACUGCCCUUGGGUUGGACAGUGCAUAGGACUGAGAAACUACCGGUUCUUCUUCAUGUUUGUCUUCACUACCACCCUACUUUGUGUGUAUGUUUUCGGUUUCUGCUGGGUUUACAUCAAAAGGAUCAUGAAUCAUUACGAGAUAUCUAUAUGGCGAGCAAUGAUCAAAACCCCUGCCUCCAUGGCUCUUAUUAUCUACACAUUUAUUGCGGUUUGGUUUGUUGGUGGUCUUAUGACAUUCCAUCUCUAUCUGAUUUGCACAAAUCAGACUACUUACGAGAAUUUUAGAUACAGAUAUGACCGCCGUGCCAAUCCCUAUAACAAAGGAUUACUGCUGAACUUCAAAGAGACAUUAUGUAAUUCCAUACCUCCAUCGAGGAAUAAAUUUAGAGCCAAGGUGCCCAGAGAAGUUGCCUUGCCAGUGCGAUCUGUGACUGGCGGUUUUAAUAGUCCUAACAUGGGGAAAGCUGUGGAUGACAUUGAGAUGGGAAGAAAGGGAGUGUGGGGGGAUAUUGGAUCGGUUUUAGAUCAACACGAAGGCCAAUUUAGCGACAAUGACGGCUUAAACUACAAGAGUAGUGGAUUAGGUGAAAUGUCGCCUGAGAUAAGUACAGUAAAGGAGGGUGAUGGAGGUCGGGGUGGAAUGCAUUCGAGUUGGGGCAGGAAGGCAGGAAACUGGGAGAGAUCCCCUGAGAUCCUUGCUUUGGCUUCUAGAAUGGCAGAGUCGAACCGGACUGUUGGGAGUGGGAGUGGCGGUGGCACGACGCUGUCAACAGAGCCCAAACUAUGACAUUAUUGGGACAAACCAUUUUACUAAUGUUUAAUGUUUUGGUAUGGUUAUGGUGUGAAAAUGUUGAGUGUAAUGUUUUAAGGUGUAGUUGUGUUUGUUUGCUGGUGUAUCUAACUUGGCUUUCUGAGGAGGUACAUUCUGUAGGAAAGAAUGCUUAUGCUAUUGUAAGAGUGUCUUCUUAUUCUUGAAAUUGUAUUGCA